UCACCCUUACCCUCACGUUUUAGAGCCAUCCCUUCUUAUUAGCCUUCUCCCUAACAGAGCCACCCUUGCUCCGCCACCUCUCUAUCUUUUCAGCUCAUUUGCGCCGUUUCCGUUACAGAGCCACCCUUCGUAUCUUGCCAUCUUCCUCACUCCGCCACCUCUAUUUGUCGCCAUCUCCUUCACUCCUUCAAUCUCUCUAUAUCGUUGUCUCUCCAAUCUUUUCUUGUCACCCUCUUUGUCGUGGGCUAAUUUUGGGUCUUUUUCUGUGUUAUGUUUUGGGUAUUGUAGAGAAGAAGGGUAACCUGCGUACGAGCUUAAUUAUUUUGGGAAGAGAGUGUGGGGUGGGGUGGGCUGUGGAGAGAAGAAUAUGCAUAAUCAAAUCUGUCGCUUUACUGAAAGGAAAUCGAAGAGUGGGUUUCUUCUCUUUAUCAAUAUAGGAGAAGAAGUUGUUGAUAUUCCAUAGCCCAGAAACAGUAAGGUUUCAGUCAACGAAGUUCAUUACUUCGUUGCAAAUCACUUAUGGGGCGUAAUAUAGACCAUUCUAAAUCUCCUGUUAGGGGUCGAAGUCCUCCUCAUAGGAAGAGUCCAUCACGACGGGAGAGAUCACCGAAACGACAUAGGAGCUCCCAUAAGGGUGGUUCUCCAAUUAAAGAGAAACCUCGAAGUGAUGUCAAGUCUCCUAAGCAUGGAAGGUCAAUAUCUCCUUUUCCUCGUUCCCGAUCACGCUCUCCUUCUCCACGAACGAAAAGGUUGAGGAGAGCACAAGCUGAAAGUGAGUCUAGGAAAUCAAAUGAGAGAGAACACGAAAAAAAUCGUGGUAGAGGAAGUGAAAGGGGUUUACAUAAGGAAAGGGGUCAAGGAAAAGAAAUUGGGAGUGAGAGGAAGGAGAGAAGGUCGGAAAGAGAUGACCUUGAUAGCAAUCCUUCAAGAUCAAGGCAUAGUGAUGCUUCUCCUUCAGAACGUCACCAAAGGAGUAGACAUAGAUCUUACUCACCUCAACCAUCUGUUGAUAACAAAAACCAAGAAAGGGAGAAAGUAAAUGAGAGAGGCCAAGAGAGGAACAAUGGCAGAGGAAGUAAUAGAGCUAUAGGGGAAGGAAGACAAGAUAGAGAAAUGGAGGGCGUGAGAACAGAGAGAAGAUCUAGAAGAGAUGAUGAUCACAAGUCUUUAAGAUCAAAAGAUGGAAUUUCUACAUCUCCAUCUAGUCGUCAUCAUAGAAACAAGCACAGAUCUCAGUCACCUCAGCCAAUUGUUGAUACUCGAGCUCGUGAUGAGGUGUCAAUUGUAAGAGAAUCUGAAGAAAGGGAUAAUGAAGAUGACUCGGUGUCUAAAAUGAAAGUUCCUGAGGAUGCGCUAGCAGCAAAGCAGAAGGAGAAACCUUCAUUUGAGCUUUCAGGAAAGCUCGCUGCAGAAACUAAUAGAGUCAGAGGUAUAACAUUGCUGUUCAAUGAACCCCCAGAUGCAAGGAAACCUGAUGUAAGGUGGCGGCUUUAUGUUUUCAAGAAUGGUGAAGUUCUCAAUGAACCCUUGUACAUACAUCGUCAAAGCUGCUACCUUUUUGGGAGAGAAAGAAGGGUGGCAGAUGUUCCUACUGACCACCCAUCCUGCAGCAAGCAACAUGCUGUGAUACAAUUUCGGCAAGUAGAGAAGGAGAAACCUGAUGGUACUCUAACAAAGCAAGUAAAGCCUUAUGUAAUGGAUCUUGGAAGCACAAACAAAACUUUUCUCAAUGAUGUUGCCAUUGAAUCUGAACGUUAUUAUGAGCUUCAUGAAAAAGAUACCAUUAAGUUUGGUAACAGUAGCCGAGAGUAUGUGCUAUUACACGAGAACUCAGCCCAAUAAGGGAUUGGAGACCAAUUUGCUUUCCUGAGGAACUUCACUUUCAGCAUUGCUGAACAUGACAUUGCUCUGUUUUUGUAUUUUACUUGAGAAGGUGGUGUUUUUUGUUCUUAUCCAUCCAGUGGUAUGAAACAACUUAUCUCUAGUUUUGUAUAGUCAUGAACUUGGGGAGCACUUCAUGGGCAAUACCUAGUUACGAAGAUAGGUAGCAAUAAGUGAGCGUUUUAGUGCAUUUAUAUAUUAAGAAAAAUAUCAUAAAUCCAUAUGAACAGUUUCAAUUGGAUGAUGCUGCUAUUAUGUAUGCAAGACUUUGGAUGUAGUUUUUUAAGCGAUUGGCACAUCGAAUCUGUAAUUUUCUUAUGUUUCCUACUCGGAGUAAUGCUACAACGGUGUUUGGCUA